AUGGACGACGGGGCCGUGGGCGGAGUCGCCCACGAGGCGGGAAGCCAGAGGCCCGACGCAGAUGGAGGCUCUAGAGCAGCUUGCAGGCCCUCGUGGUUGCGCCGAAGUACGCAAAACAUGCGCUGCUGCAGAAGACGUGCUCAUAACCUCACUGAAGUUGAUCUCAAAGCUAUGGAGGAAACGUACUGGCUCACUCGUACUGCAAGUAAACCCCACAUACAGGGGCCAGGCCUUUUUGGCCAAGAUGGGCUGCUCCCUUUAGAGGGCGCCACCGCCUGCUUCCGCGAAUUCGGCGGAGACACUCACGGCCUGUGGACUCGCUUUGCGCGAUCGCCCUCUCUUUUCCAUUUCUUCGACUGCACUGAUGCCUCUCUCCUCUUCAUCACCUCGAGCUCUCUUUUCUUUUCGGCCCUGCUCAUGAUCGCCGGCGGCGUGACAGUGCCGGUCCUUCUUUGGCUUUGGCUGUCGUACACGACGAUCCAGGCCGCAGGCCAGCGGUUUUACACUUUCACCUGGGAUACUCUGCUUCUGGAGGUUGGCUUUUGGGCGAUGCCCCUGACUCUCCCUUUUUUCUGCCCCUCGUUCACGUGCGUCAAGGGAAGCAGCCGAUCCACGCCCGAGGGACUGGGUGCGCCCUCUGCGCCAACGGCGGAGACCGCUGCGGCGACUCCAGCGGACAACAGCUCUUCCGGGGACGCGGACGCUGGCCGCCCGCCGCCGACGCCGGGAGACGGCAGCGCUUCAGCUUCGAGAAAACCAGAAAAAGCCGAGGCGCAGAGGCCUGCACCAGAAGACGCAGGGCCCGUGGGCUCUGAGGGUCGCGCGGUCCGGUUCCUUGGCAGUCCACGAGUUCAACAGGGGCUGAGAGGGCUUGCCUCGCCCGCUCGCGCCUUCUUCUGGUGCUGCCGGUGCUUGGUGUCGCCGGGAACGCCGUUCCUGCCCCCCGCGUGGCCCACACCGUGGAUCAGCGUCUGGGGGUACCGCUGGCUGCUGUUUCGGCUGAUGUUUGGCGCCGGGCUCAUCAAGCUCCGCGCCGACACAGCCUGGGCGGACCUAUCGGCAAUGAAGUGGCACUAUGAGACACAGCCGCUGCCCAACCCCGUCGCCUGGUUCAUGCACGCGCUGCCGAUGCCAAUGCACAAGUUUGAGGUCCUCGUUAACCACUUCGUCGAGUUGAUUUUGCCGUUCGCCGUUUUGGCGCCUUGGAGACAGCUCCGCCUCUUCACAGGCUGCGUGCAGAUUCUCUUUCAGGUCGCCAUUCUUUUUACUGGAAACCUCGCGUUCAUCAAUUGGCUGACCAUAGUCUUCGCUGUCUUCCUCUUCGACGACCGCUUCCUCAUGUGUUUUUUCCCGACUUCCACUCUCAACCGACUGCAGCCGCUGCUGAAGGGGUGCGCUGGGAGGUGGUCGAUUCCGCCAAGCGAUGCAGCCAUCGGGUGGCUCGCGGCGGCCGGCGAUGCUUCACCGCGCGUGUCUGAACAUUCAGAGGGCACUCAGGAUGCAUCUACGCACAAGAGAGCUUCGCCCAACACACGAGGUCACUCUCUCGUUGAUGGCAGUGCCCACGAUGGCGGAGAACCUGCGCCAGAGGGGGUGGAUUCGCGAACGGGCUCACCGCAGGCGCGGGCUGUCUCUGCGGGGUUGCGCGAAGGGCUUCCCUGGAGGCUCCGGGGCGGGCCCAAAUGCACAGGACGGUCUGUGCGGCGCAUGCUUGCGUUGUGGGGAUGCUGGCGAAUUCCACUCUUUUUGUUGUGUUCGGCAGUCCUGCUCGCCAGCGACGCUCUGCUGCUUCUCCUCCUCGAGAAGGAGUCUUUUGCCGCAGUACCUUCCGUCGUCCCUUUUCGCAGUCGGGCCUGGGAAUCUGCCGGUCUCGUGCUCCUCGCGCUCAGUGCAGCGAUUGCCUUGGGCAUGCUCACCGGGGUCCAGGGCGCCCCCUGGUACCCUUUGUGGGGCCGGCGCCCCUCGUCUGCUGGCCCCGGUGCGGGCCAGCAGCGCCCGCUCUCGUUGCUGGCGUCGGUGAGCGCCUCAGCCAGCCAGGAAGACACGGGGAGCGCUCGCGAAACGUCGGCUUCUUUGCGUCGUGGUGCGGAGGCAGACAGCAGCGACGCCCCGCGUGAUGAGAAGACCGCCGACCGGGAGCGACGGGAUGCCCCCGAAAAUGCCGCAGAUGGAGGCGAGACCGCCAGGCUGCUGUGGAGGAAAACGGAAGAUGUUGGAGCCCUCUGCUUCGAAGUCAUUGUCGCGGGAGUCGUCGUUUGCAAUCUGCUUGUUAUCCACUUUCGUCUCGGUCCCUCCGUCGGCCUCGGUGUUUUGACAGGAGCGCUGUUCGCUCUGCUUCUCUUCUUUGCACAUCGACGCUGCUCCAACGCCUUCCUCGUUCUACGCGUGAUGGCGGAGGUCGGGCUGGUCACGCUUCUGACGCUGCGUUCGAUUCCGGUCGUCGAGAACCUCCUUUCGCCCCAACAGAUCAUGAACGAUACGUAUGAGCCCUUUAACCUCGUGAACAGCUACGGCCUUUUCGGUUUCAUGACGAAGCAACGCGAAGAACUGAUAGUUCAGGCAAGUCUUCCAAAACGCAUCAGAGAGCCCUGUCCAGGCAUGGCGGGGGCCGGCGCCCUGGGGCCCGUUCAGAAGCCGACGCCCUCGUCCUCGUCGAUCACGCUUCAGCUCCUCUGGGCGCGGCUCCGCAUUUCGGUUGAGUGUGCGCAGCGACAGACUUCGCUGACGUCGGUGGGGAAUCCCACGUAA